AUGAGACUUCAAUCCUUCACCUUCACCUUCAAGCUUUCUCCAUUUUCCAUUCUCCAACCCCUCUGUAAAACCUCAAAGGUUCAGUCGACCUUAUUCUACCCUUCAUGUUGCAAUUUCCAUCACCUCCAUUACAGUGCCCGGCUGCCGCUUCUCGUCCGAGCGCUUUCUUCAAUCACCGCGGCUACUCUUCAACCUGCCUCCAGCACCGCCACCGCCGCCACCUACUCCGAUGAAACCAAAGUUGUGAAGGCGCCUCAAUGGAAAGCGGCCAUAGAUUUCAAGUGGAUUAGGGAUAACAAGGAAGCCGUUGUCGCCAAUAUUAGGAAUCGCAAUUCAAAUGCUAAUCUGGACCUUGUUCUUGAGCUUUAUGAUAAACUAUUGAAUCUUCAGAAGGAAGUUGAAAAGCUUCGUGCUGAGAGAAAUGCCGUUGCAAACAAGAUGAAGGGUAAACUGGAACCAGCUGAGCGGCAUAAACUCAUUGAAGAAGGUAAGAUUCUCAAGGAUAAGCUUGUUACACUUGAAGAGGACCUACUCAAACUGACAGAUGAACUCCAGCAGGAGGCACAGUCUGUGCCAAAUAUGACUCAUCCAAAUGCUCCUGUCGGUGGGGAAGAAUGUUCUUCUGUGAGAAAACAGUUUGGCAAACCCAGAGAGUUUAGCUUCUCGAUAAGGGAUCAUGUCCAACUUGGAAAGGACUUAGAUCUGUUCGAUUUUGAUGCUGCUGCUGAGGUAAGCGGGUCGAAAUUCUAUUACCUGAAGAAUGAAGCAGUUAUGUUAGAGCUGGCACUUGUAAACUGGGCUGUGGCGGAGGUAAUGAAAAGGGGCUUUGUACCGCUUACCACGCCAGAAAUUGUGCGAUCUUCCGUGGUGGAAAAAUGUGGGUUUCAACCACGUGGAACUAACACUCAGGUAUAUUCAAUUGAUGGUAGUGAUCAAUGCCUCAUUGGUACAGCCGAGAUUCCAGUUGGGGGAAUACAUAUGAACUCCAUUAUUUCUGAUUCAUCAUUGCCCCUGAAGUAUGUAGCCUUUUCCCAUUGCUUCAGAACGGAAGCUGGUGCAGCUGGCGCUGCAACUAGGGGCCUUUAUCGAGUUCACCAAUUUAGCAAGGUGGAGAUGUUCAUCUUAUGUAGGCCAGAGGAAAGUGAUUCCUUCCAUGAAGAACUUAUUCAAAUCGAAGAAGACCUGUUUUCAUCGUUGGGGCUUCAUUUUAAAACCAUGGACAUGGCAACAGAGGAUUUAGGUGCACCAGCUUAUCGUAAAUUUGACGUGGAGGCCUGGAUGCCCGGUUUGGGAAGAUAUGGUGAGAUCUCGAGUGCCUCUAAUUGUACCGACUACCAAAGCAGACGGCUCGGAAUUCGAUACCGUCCCGAAUCAUCAAAUUCGAAUGCUCCUAAAAAGGGUAAAGGCAGUUCUGCCCCUACGCAGUUUAUCCACACACUAAAUGCAACAGCAUGUGCAGUUCCAAGAAUGAUCAUUUGCUUGCUUGAGAAUUACCAACAAGAGAAUGGUUCCGUUGUUAUACCAGAGCCAUUGAGGCCAUUCAUGGGUGGCAUUGAGAUUAUUACACCUAAAUAUAAGUAG